CUUACCAAUUUCGCCCAAAACCAUCGCCUUCGUGGCCAAACCCUCGCGAGAGCUUGUUGGGAAGCCGGCGACGCGAUCACGGAGUACGGGACCACCGAAGCUCCCAUCUUAUUCCUACUUCCGCUCCGUUCUUACCCGAAACCAUUGAAGAAGCCUUCCUACAGGCCAUAAUGGUUACAGGAGUCUAUCCAACUCAAUUUAGAGACCUCUCCACUUGUUUGCUAAGCAAGGAUGGCCUAUGGAGAACAAUUAUAGUGGCUGAGGAUUUUGAAAGGAGGGCAAAGGCUUCACUUUACAGAAGCAAGGAUUUUGUGCAGUGGACAAGAGCCGAGCAACUAUUGUUUUCAGCUGAUUCAUCGCCCAUGAUAGAAUGCAUUGACUUCUUCCCAGUGUCUUUAGGAUUGGACAGUUCUAGCACGGGCUCAUAGGAAGUCAAGAACUUGCUGAAGAUGAGUGUGGUUGAGAAUUCGCAUGAUUUCCCGAGAAUGUUGUUGAAGACUAUCAUCGAAUGUGGCCAAGAUAUGAUUAUGGGAAGUUCAAUGCAUCAUAGACAUUCUUUGACCUUUUCAUGCAACAAAAAAUAUCUUCAUUGUGGCCUGAACUUCACAAGCAAGCAUUUGGAGGCUUUGUGGGCAUAUGGAUAUAAAAAUAGGGGAAGAUACCUCUAUGGACUUCUGAUUGAUCAUUCAGUCAUUGUGAGCUAUGGCAGUGGAGGAAGAACCUGCAUCACCUCUAGAAUGCUUCGGUUCCACGAAGCAUAUGACCUCUUUGGCCUGCUUGUUUUGGCUUCUCAUGACCCCGAGGAGCACACUGCAGUUUUCUUCAGAGUAUUCAAGACCAGUAUUGAUUACGCUGUUCUUAUGUCCUCUGAUCAAAUAAACAAGCAUUUGGAGGCUUUGUGGGCAUAUGGAUAUAAAAAUAGGGGAAGAUACCUCUAUGGACUUCUGAUUGAUCAUUCAGUCAUUGUGAGCUAUGGCAGUGGAGGAAGAACCUGCAUCACCUCUAGAGUAUAUCUCAAGUUGCUACUUUUGGAGGCACAUGUUCAUGUGUUCAACAAUGGGUCUGAAACAAUGAAGAUAAGGAGCUGCAGGCUUGGGAGAUGGGGGAAAGCUCGGAUUAAUUAAAAUAAAAACCUUUAAAUAUUUGCUUUUUAGUUCUAUCUAUUUGAUCGGGCUUUUGUUCUACGUUGCUGUUGUUUCAGACUUAUAUACUAUAUAAAUUUAUUCAUUGUAAUACUUGAUAUAAGAUGGCAUUUGAAAUAAGC